AUGACCAAGGAGAAGCUCCGCGCCAACCUGCGUGGCCUCAAGGCCAGGGUCAUCGACACGUCGGCGCUCAUCGCGCGCCACGUCGAGCUCAAGGCGCAGCUUGAGGCGGCAGUCGCCGAGCGGCGCCGCAUGGGCGAGGAGAAGGCGGCGGCGGAGAGCACGGCGGCGCUGCGCUCGGCGGCGGAGGCCGCGGUCAAGCAGCAGCUCGAGGCGGCGCGCGGCGAGGUGCAGCAGCACAAGACGGAGAGCGCGCGGCUGCGCACGCGCCUCUCCGACCUCGAGGCGGUGCUGCUGAGCGAGCGCUCGGCGGCGUCGAGCGCGUCGCAGGCGGCGGUGAAGGUCUCGCUGGCGGAGCAGGGCGCCACGACGCGCGAGGCCGCCGAGCGGGAGCUCGAGGCGGCGAUCGCCGAGGCGCAGGCGGAGCGAGAGGAGGCGGCCAAGCAGCGGCGCGAGGCGGCGGAGGAGCGAGCCACCUUCCAGACGACGAUCGCCGCCGUGGAGCGCCGCGCGCAAGCCUAG